AUGGAGAACAAGUUCUUCUACUUCGACCUCGACUACUAUGGGGUGGGCUUCUAUGAGGAAGUAAUACUGACUGAAUCUCAGCAGAGGGCAGCUGCAGCAGCAGCCCGUAGACACUUUGGAAGAGGUGUACGAGUCCUGCAUGAGCUAGGUGGUAAAGACUACAAGAAUUCUGAAUAUGACCACUCCUAUAAUCGUAAAACGAAGGAGAUGCGGGCCAGCUCCAGUGUGCGUGGACACAGAAAGCUGGAGGUACCUGGGAAAGCAGUUGGAGCAGUUUCUCAGAACUCCAAUAGGAGACAUACAAAACACUAUAAGUUCACCUUUGGGCAACUUCGUGAACUGGACAGGGUUUUCCGAGAAACCCAGUAUCCAGAUGCUCUCCAACGGAAAGCACUUGCAGAGCUAAUUCAGGUGGAUGAACGUAAGGUUCAGGCUUGGUUUAAAAAUAAGAGAGCUAAAUACAGGAAAAUGCAGACGGAAUUACUACUCAGCUGUGACACAUCUGGGACCCUGAACAACUCUUCCCUCAAGAGGAAUGAACAUUCUGAGAGGACUUCUGUUCCCGAGGAACCAAAAGGGUUCAUCUUGUGCCGGCAACAUCUUGGCCAAUCAUGCUGGUCAUAA